CUUCGCUGACGUUUAAUGAGGACAACCGAUUGGCUGCUUCAGUUCCAGCAGCCCAACAGACAGCAGCGGAGGGGAGCAGAGACCAAUGGGCGCUGGCAGGGGGCGGGGCCCUCCACGCGGCCGCGGUAUAACUGCGCGGCUCGCGAGUCUGCUUUUCUCCCGGCGCGGGCUCCGAACCGGUCAUGGCUGUGCUCUCGCUGGUGGCAACAUUUGCCGCCCGGCUACUCCGGCCGGCGCAGAGCUGCCGCCCCCACUGUCGCUCCCUCCACCUGUCGGCAGUGCGUCUGGUCUUUACUUUUGACAAAAGCUCAUGCUACUGGGAUUUGUGACUCUGUUGCCUUUUGUAGAGGUGAAGCUAUUGUCAUUUCUGGAAAGAAACUUGCCCAGGAGAUUAAGCAAGAAGUGCGGCAGGAGGUGGAACAGUGGGUGGCAUCGGGCAACAAACGGCCAUACCUGAGCGUGGUUUUGGUGGGAGAGAAUCCUGCAAGUCAUUCCUACGUCCUCAACAAAACCAAGGCUGCUGCAGAUGUGGGAAUCACCAGUGAAACAAUUUUGAAACCAGCUUCGAUUUCAGAGGAAGAGCUGUUGAAUUUAAUCAGUAAACUAAACAAUAAUGACAAAGUAGAUGGCCUCCUUGUUCAGCUUCCUCUUCCGGAGCACAUCGAUGAGAGGAAGGUCUGCAAUGCCGUUUCUCCAGAAAAGGAUGUUGAUGGCUUUCAUGUAAUUAAUGUGGGGCGAAUGUGUUUGGACCAGUAUUCCAUGUUACCCGCUACCCCCUGGGGUGUGUGGGAAAUAAUUAAGCGAACCGGAAUUCCAACCCUAGGGAAGAAUGUGGUUGUGGCUGGAAGGUCAAAAAAUGUUGGAAUGCCUAUCGCAAUGUUACUCCACACAGAUGGGGCUCAUGAACGUCCUGGAGGCGAUGCCACUGUUACAAUAUCUCAUCGAUACACUCCCAAAGAGCAGUUAAAGCAACAUACAAUUCUUGCAGAUAUUGUGGUGUCCGCUGCAGGCAUUCCAAAUCUGAUUACAGCAGAUAUGAUUAAGGAAGGAGCAGCUGUCAUCGACGUGGGAAUAAACAGAGUUCAAGAUCCCAUAACUGCCAAACCCAAGUUGGUUGGAGAUGUGGAUUUCGAAGGAGUCAGGAAGAAAGCCGGGUAUAUCACUCCAGUCCCUGGGGGCGUUGGUCCCAUGACAGUGGCGAUGCUAAUGAAGAAUACCGUCAUUGCUGCAAAAAAACUGCUGAGGCUCGAAGAGCGGGACGUGCCAAAGUCUAAAGAGCUUGGAGUAGCAUCUAAUUAACUGUUGUAUCUUCUGUGUGAUCACCAGCAUUCCAAGCCACUUCAAGAAGCAAAACAGCCCAACAGAAAUGUGGUAUUUUUGAUUGUAUUGAAAUGGUUGAAAAUGAUGCUUUGUAUUUAUCGAAAGCUUAAAUGGGUGGGUGUUUGCACACGUAGCUCUGCAGUACCUCCCAGGGGAGCACUCCACUGUCAUGCUGGGUCUUAGGAUCUAGCCAAGAGCAGCCAGUAACCGAGUGAUUAAUAUGGGGACAUUAUCACUUUGAGAAUGGAUGUGUAACUUUGUCAAAACACUUCAGUUGUUAAAAUUUGCCUUUCCUAGGAUUGCAUUUCCCAAGUGCUACUCCAAGAAGAGUUGAUACUUUACGUUCCAAACCUGUUGAGUUCAGCUGUUCAAACCAAAGAAAAAGUGUUGCUGGAGAAAAUAGUAAUUGGGUAUAAAAAAAUUACCCUGAUUUAUACGUGUAUUGACUGAAAACCAGGUUUGUCUAAAUAAUAUUAAAUUGGGUGGGAAGGAAGGAAAGCUACAUGUUAAUAGUUCUCCUAAGCUGUCACGUUGUGGUUUAGGUAGUCAUUUGGAAAACGUUUAGGGUUGUUCUGUUUGUUACUAGCUCUUUUAUGUAUGUUAGUAAUCAGCGAGGUCUCUGAUUUUAGUUUUCCAGGACCGAAAAGCUUAUUUUAUAAAUGAUGUGUGUUGUCAUAUUUGGCUUUUGCUAUAUCUUUAAACUCCAUUGUUAAAUUUUUGUACUAUCAGAGGGUGUCUAUAUGGUUUCUUGGUAUAUCUUGAAACUAUUUUUGAAAAACAAAACUGAUACAGAGUUGGGCUUGUUAAUCAUUAGGCAGCUUAUGUAAGUAUGCAACUUAUUUUUCCACCAAAGAAUUGUCAGUAGCUACCUGCUUUUCUCUGAUGUACCUGUUGGCUUUCCUGAAAGGUUUUUAAGAGCUUGAGUUAAUAGUUGAAUUUAAUCAGACCUUGAUUAAAGCUUUUAAAAUUUUAUUUUUUUUUAAAUUUUUUUAAUAAAACACUUCUGUCUGGUAUGGAAUGAGUCUUCUGAAAUAGUGCACCAGCCUACUACUACCUUAGUAGUUGUCUAACCAGAGGUCGUUUUUCUUAUUGAAUGUAAUCAAUGUGGAUAUUCCUGUGUUUGGUAACAGCCAACCCUAGCCUUAAACAAACGGGUUGAAAGAGCUGUGGAGAAACCAGCCUAGUCCUUUUCGCCUUUUGUCCCAGCAGGUUGUGCCAUGCCAGGAGCUUCUUUGGGAAGAUUCAUUGAAGUAGUUAGUCUUGUUCUAAGUGUUUUCUAAGCCAUGUGCUCGAUUUAUACAUUGCAGUGAAGGACUUCUUGAUGUGCUUGCUAAGUUCUCUUUCUCUUUCUCCGUAUAUAUAAAGAUGAAUUUUUUUUAAAGCAUUAAUUUAAUUUGACACAAUUUUGAAGGGAAGGUGGUUACUGUGCGUAGUUAGAGGCUAGGGUAAGUAGAUAAUGUAUUCUUAGCCAGGCUGUGUAUUUGGACUUUCAGUAAGGCAGAGGUGGGUCCUGCUGUAGGCAUCUUGAGGCAGAAAGAGAAAGGAGAACAAUUGGAAGCUACCAUACUUCCACCUUGUUCCGCUGCCAGCUGGCUUUAUUCUUUUGAUAGUUUGCUGGAGAUGUUUUUGUGAGUGAGGUAUAGCUCAGGUCUGUAAGCCAUGCCUGCCGAUUGACCUAAAUUAUUAAACAUGGAGCAAGAUGAACAGAUAAGAUUAAGUUUUAUUGAAUUAUGGUUACAUUACAAGUGGAAAAAAAUUACUGACCUACUGCAUGGAGUAGUAAUAAUAUGACACCCUGAUAAAAGCUACUGAAAUUAAAACGUUCACGUAUAUACAAUAUCCAAAUGACAAAUAAGAUGAAAAUUACAGUGGUCAAAUUACAACAACAAAAAAUUUAACAUUGUAGUUUUCCAGCUUGUUUGAUUAAUCAAGCACGCUUGCUCCUGAAUCCAUAAUAUUUCUACAGUUUAAUGUAGACAAAGUGGUAUACCAAAUCAGCCAGGUUUUAAAACUGAAAUGUUAGUCAAUUGUUAGCUCUCCCAGGAUCGGUACAGAUGAAGAUAAAGAACUUAUACGUCAGAAAGGUGACGGUUCUGGAUUAGUGAACAGCUAAGUGGAUCUGCUGAUAGCAGUAGAAGCGGUAGAGGUUUACAGCUUUACCUCUUGGCAGUAUCCCUUGGAAGGGAGCUCUGAGAUUUAAUUCAACAAACAUUUCUUGAGAGCUUUCAAGGGACUGGGCACUAUACUAGGCUCUGGGGAUUACAGAGGCAAUUAACUGACCUGGUACAAGGUGCUAGUGAUAUAGUGUCAUUUGUCUUUAAAAAAAAAAAAAAGGAAAAGGAAAAGGCACCUGCAUUUGUCAUUUUGAGUAAAUGUGUAACUAACCAAAAUGAUGUACUCUCCAGAGUUGUUCUAGAGAAAGUAAAUGACAGAUGCGUUGUUUCUACGUGUGAAUGUCAGGCAUGUGGUUGAGGUUUGUUAAAUGUGGUUUGAAGAUAAAAUGACUGAUGCUAAGUUUCAUGGGGAAACGGUUUGCUUCAUUAGUCCCUGGUUUUACCCUACCCAAAUUGCUUCCAAUCAUUCCUUUCAAAUACUUUAAUACUGUGAAGUUAAAGUCUUCCAAAAUUUGACAUUGACUCUGCCUAACAUGUAAUGCCCACAUGAAUGGGCAUUUGACUUUGGAAAUGAGGCCAUUGGAAAUUUGCAGGAAGGACCUACUCAAAUGCCUAAAUAAAAAAAAAUUUUUGAUUCUGGAGGUGAAAGAAAAACCAAUGAUUCUAAUUUAAAAGAUCACUUGUUGGUUUAACAUACGGUUUGAGAUUGCACUUUAACAAGCCCUAUUUAUUUUAAAAACAGUUUUCCACUGAAAUGUGUUGUUGGUUGUUUCACUAACAGACUUUGGAACUGGCUUUUCAAUCUCAUAAAGCCCUGGUCAUGCUCCUGUGUCAUAGCAAGGCCGAUAAUGCAGAUGGUUUGAACUUGCAUACGACCCUCAGAAAACUGACAUGGAAGAAAAGAACAGGAGCUUUUCAACAUUUCUUCGUGUGUAAAAUUGCAAAACAAAAUUCCAGCCUUGGCCUAGUGAAGUAAGAGUAUUUUAGUAGUUCUUUCAAGACCAUCUAGGAUAGUUUAAAAUCUAAUCUUUAAGAGAAAUCUUAACUAGUAUUUGUUUUAAAAUUGACUCUUGCCUCUUUAUCUUACCUAUGGUUUUGGGAGGCAAGCAUUGCUCUGUUUGUUUCAAGAGAAAUGUUAUAAUUUCUACAGUGGAUUGCAUUGUGAAAUGUGGUAUAGCGUUCAACUUUCAGUUACUUUAAUAACUACAAGGGAAGAAGAGGGCUUUGCAUCUAUGUAGUACUUUCAUUGACAAAUCUCCAGUUUUUUUAUCAAGCAGACUAACUCUCUCUGUUUGAUGAAUAAGGAAACUGAGGCAUAGAGCAGUUAAGGGUUUUGACCUAGACUCUCACAAUUAAGACUAGACCAAGCCCUCACCCUGUUCACCAUCUGGGAGAAGCAGCAUCUUCCUAGAGGGUGGUCUCACCAUCAGCUUCUCUUCGAUAUUUGUCCAUAUCCGUGAAGUCAUAGUCUGACUCCAUCUCUAUCUUCACCUGGGGCAUCAUAAAGACUGGGCUUCGUGAGUAGUUGAAAGCAGGUGAAGCUGGACAGGAAAUUUUGAAGUGCAAGGUGAUGCUGGGGGAGAAAAGGAAGGAAAGAAAAAGCAUUUGUCCAGUAUUUGGUGUUUUUAACACCAUCCCCAGAAUAGGACUCUAAUGCCAGUAGUUCUGUCUUUGCUUGUGAACUCGUAACACAUCACAGAAGCCAGCAGUAUCCUCUGUCAGCUUGGCUUUAGCCACAGUCAUUGAACUGGUCUCACCUUGUUUCAACCUUUUCUUCAAGUUCCUGCUGAAGUGAACUCUCUAAAUCACAAACUUGACUGAUUGUCUGCUGAUGUUUUUCCUUGGUUCCCCACUCUCCAAGGAUAGAAUCCAAGCUCCUCAGCAUGUCAAGACAAGGCCGUCUGUGGUUACACUCUCUUGCCUAUGGCUCUAGUUUGAACUGAAGGUUAACUACUCGCCCUCCCAGUGUUCUAUGCGCUCCUUGUUCCGUGUGUGUGUGUGUGUGUGUGUGUGUAUUUUCCAGUGUGAUUCAAGCCUGCUUCCACUACCCUAGAUGCCCUUCCUUUUCUUGUUUACUCUUUCCCACAUUGUACAUUUGGCAGAUUCCUAUUUAUCCUUCCAAGCCUUGCCCAGGUUAAAAUCUGCCUCUGAGAUUUUCCUAGAUUCUCUAGAUAAGGCAAACUGCUCCCUUAGACCAGUCCAUUCUCCCAUUAUUCUUGGCUGUAUCUGUUUACAUGCCUGCCUGUCCAUAUCAAGGAUUAAGUACCCUGUCUGGUAGACCAUUGAUGCUUAUUCUUUGUUCAACUAGAUCAUGUUUCUAAAUAUCUCUCUUCACUGAAACUAAUUCCUGCUAUUUAGUGGUCUUUGCUUCCCUUUAUCUUCAUAGGUUUAGUAAAACACCAGUGUAGUUGGGAGAUGCCAUCUCUAGGUAACUGAUGUCUGCAUUUCUGACCUUGGACUACAGCUUUGUGUGGUUUAAGAGAUUUUUUGGGAAGGCCUUUUCCUGGUCCAAAUUCUCCCUCCAUUGCCUGAAACUGGGGCAAUUAGAGAUUCAGAUUAGUGCAGAUUAUUUUUAAAUGAUAAUAAAUCAGGACAGACAGACUACUUUCCUCCUAACACAUUUAGAUAUAAAGAUCAGUGGUGUUAAGGGCCGUGACUGGGGAGGCAGGAGGUGAAGGUAGGUAGGAUGGGUGGGGACUAGCUCAUCCUUGGGCCCCCUGCUGUGGGAGGGCUGUACUGAUGAUAGGCUCCUCUUCUCAUCCUGGCAUUGUGAUAAAAGGUUUGACUCAUAAUUCAGAGGAUCCCUUCUAGGUUUUGUAAAAUGUUUUGGAUAAGCGCCAUUUGAGUCUGGAGACUUGUCUGCCUCCAGACUUGGAACAGCCUGUGCUUUUACUAAUGUUUGAUCUAUCCAGGAGGAUUCCUGUCCAUUUUAGGGGACAGUGUGGGAGUGGGACUGUUACUUUCCCUACCAUCCUCCCUAGCAAUGGCUGAAACAAAGACUUCCUUGCCUCUGAAUUCCUCUUUUCCAUUUUUGAGCCCCCCUUGUGUGGAGCCCUGGUGGUGCAGUGGUUAAGAGCUUGGCUGUUAACCAAAAGGUCGGCAGUUCAAACCACAAGCUGCUCCUUGGGAACCCUAUGGGGCAGUUCUACUCUGUCCUAUAGUGUCACCAUGAGUUGGAAUCUACUCAAUGGCAACAGGUUUGGUUUUUUGUGUGUAAUCUAGCAAUUCCACUUUUUGCAUGGCUGGCUGCACAUUAAAAAUCAAGGACUCUCACUGUUGGCGUGGGGGCUCCUGGAACCUGAGCCUUGAAUCCUUUCUUGACUCUCAGUCUAGUUCCUAUCUCCACUUAAUCUUUUAUACUGUGAUUUCCUUGCUAACCUUUCUGACCUUUGCUAAUUUAACCAUGCUGUUAUUUUAUUCCAUGGAGUAUUAAAGUAUCUGGUCUUUUGACCCUCAGAAUUCAUUUAUCCUGGAGUCCAAUAAUGUAUACUUAAAUCGUGUUUAGGUUGUUUAUUUUUUCUCAAUAUUUUAAUUUCUAUUCUACCUAAUAUUUUGUAAUAAUUUCCUUUUCUAAUAUUGAAUAACUUUGUGUUGUAACUUAUGUCAGUAAGAGGGCAAAUUUGUUACCUGACAUCAGUAGUCAGGUCUGUCAGAGUUUGUCUCCAUUUCCCUCUGAUUGGUGGACCACCAAAGGGCCUUUUACCAAGACAUUGGCUAGCCUGGGAAAUCCUAGUCCCUCGACCUUCUUGGUCGAUGCUUAGUUUCUUAUCUAACACCCAAGGAGUCUACCUAAUGGCUUUUACCUUCGAUCGAGUUCUGAGUCACUGAAGGAAGAAUCAGAGUGAGUAACUCCAACUGGAAGAUCUUUUUCCUGGCAGGAAAAUGAACAGGUCAGAUGGGGAGCAGGUUUGGGGACUAUACUGGAGAACAUCCUAUUUCUCUGGUGCCCUCUCCCCACUUAUUUCUCUUUUCUCUAACCUUUGGGCAACACUAAACAAGAGGAAUGCUGGGGCCUCAGAGCUAGGUGAUUUCUAGCUCAAUUAUCACUUAAUCCAGAAGGCUCUUGGAUAGGUUAGGGGGGGGUUGAAGAAUGGGGAGGACCAGGGAAGAGUGAAAAGGAAUGAUGGAAGUAUACAAAUGGCAGUGGGGGAAGGAAAGUGAGAAACUCAAAAGGAAGAGGUACCUAUGAUGGCAAGCAGUGAUGAGAAGCCCUUCAAGGGCCCUUAGUACUGGUGGGACCCCUGGCUACCCACCACUAAUCUGGGACUUUGAGGAAAGUGGUAAGCCCUAUAUUUAGAGCACUGAGGUGGGGAUCUAGGCUGAAAUCUUUACAAAUACUCCCAGGACAUGACGUGCCUUGAUGACAAUAGGGAGCUGAGGCUGGGAGGGGUUAAAGGCAACAACAGAAUCUCCCAGCAUCUUCAUAAGCAAUGCUUGAUCCCUCCUAGGCAACCUCCCUUUCAGCAGAUGGAAAGUGCUUUCAUUUAUGCUGAAUCAGAACCUAAACACUGGAACCUUCAGUUCUGAUUAAUUUAUAGUCGACAUGUGGCCUGGUUGUCUAAAGGGGACAAUUCGACUCUGAUUUGAGCUCUAAAUCAUUUCAACAAUCACUGGAGAGAAUGAGCAGGCUCAGUGGGCCAUGUUUGGACUGACAUGGUCUGAAAAUACCCAAGAGAGAAAAUGGGAAGAAUGGGUGUUGUGCAUAAAGUGAAGAUUGAUCAUUAGCAUCUGCAGAGUUUGAUUUGGGGUUUCCAUCUGAUUGGAGUCCCAGUUCUUGGGGCCCAGUUCUCUUUGAACUCUGCUUAGCACAGGACUCCUCUAACAUCCAAGACCAUGAAAUCCCCCUGAGUUAUGAAUGAAGUUCCUCCAGGAAAAGGGCUGGAGGAUUAGGAAAUAGGAAGGGACAGAUACCAUGUGUUUUUACUUACUGGCAAUGCAGUGGAUACCGUUUUGGGGAUCUGACUGGACACUUUCCAUGGGAAUCUUUAUAACUGAGGGAGGAGGGAACUGGGGCUGGAGAGAAACAGUGGGAAAAGCGGAUAAACACCACCAAUACAACAGCUUUGGCUUUCUUGCCAAGAAGGAAAAUACAUGCAAACCACCAUCUUCUUCACACCCAGGUUAAACAGGGGAUGACAAAUACUCUGAGGCCCACACAGUCCACUGCCCAGACACUGGACAGGACAGAAGAGGAUUCUCCCAGGAAUGUUACUUAUCAGACAGUUCAUCUGUCACAGUAACAAGUCAUUUGGAAAUGGACCUCACACAAUAGCUGUGUUGUAAAGACAUGUGUAAAAUAAAGGUGUGUACGUUGAAUCCUGUUUUCCACUGAAUAGAUCAUAUAAUCCAGAGGUGCUUUUUCCCAACCCUGAAAUAGUUUCUGCCACAUGAUAGCCACUCAAAUAUGUAUUGGAUGAAUCAUUGAAAGGAUAAAUAUUUGUCUUUAAAAGGCAAUUCGACUCUUAGUUUCUUUGCUUUCUCCAGAACCUACUUUUGCAAGUCAUUUACCAAAAAACAUAAGAGUGAAUUAUGGGACUCUUUCUUUCCUGGGAGAGGACAGUAAUCAAGGACCAGGGAGGGUUUGGCAGAUCGCUACCAUCACAGAUGGCUCAAUCAUUACCAUUUCAUCAGCAACGAUUUGCCUUUGCCUGUGAACAGCUUUCAUUUACAAAAGGCAAGAUCAGUAGGAAAACAGGGCAAGGUGGAUUCAGGGGAUGGUGAUUUGGGUCAAAUCGGGAGAAUGAGAGCCGGACACGGUACGAGGAGGUUGCAUGGGUAGCUUAGUAUACUGGGAAGACCAUCGUCAGAUUCAAAGUCAGAAACAAUUCCCUCUUAGACAUUCAGCUAUAGGUCCAUCUUGGGUAAGUCACUUCCCUUUUGGGGGACAGUUUCAUCAUCUAUAACGAGUAAUUGAACUACACAAUCUUUCAGCCAAAAGCGUUGUGAUUUACUAUACUCUCUGCACCAGCUCCUUGUCUGUUGGCUCUCUGAGUGUUUUCAAGGGUGGAUGGGGAAGAAACAUGGGGUAAGAGAGGGGUAGAUGAGACAACCAGGUGGUCCCAGACAUCUGGGGAAUAGAGCUACUCAGCGUGGAAACAUGUCUCUUCUCCACCCUCUACUAUACCCUUGAGGCUGGUCAGGCAAAAUCACCUGUCCAGGGGUCCAGUGUAUGCCCUACCUACUCAUGAGUCCCCAUCAGACCCUUCCCUCAAGACAACCUCCAUUCUCUGGAGGUCCAUCCUCAUAACUUCCCCCCAUGAUGGAGCCUAGUCUUUUGUCCGGUUCCCUCAGGGACCUGUGCUGCUGUUGAUAGCCCACAGUGAUGGACAAAAGGGGACAGCUAAUCAGAUUUUUCUGGGGUGGGGGGGGGGGGGGCUCUAGUCACUCUGGCCCACCUCGAGUAAGUUCACAUGAACGGGUGAGCUCUCAGCAACCCAGACCAUGACAAACAGAAGCUUCAGCUCAUCCUGUACUGGGUCCCAGAGGUGCUGCAGGCCACCUGAGGAGCCAUCCCCUCCCCGCCCUGGCAGAGGUGGCAGGAGGGUCUCUUGAUCUCUCCCUCUGCCCAGGCCUCACAUUCUCCCCACCUCCUCAUCGCCAUCCUCAUGGGCCCCUUUUCUUUUCUUCUUCUUGUCGGUCUCCUUCUUCUCCUUUUCUGGGAGGAUAUUGUCAAUCCAGGCCAGAUCAUGCUGGGAGAAGAUGAAGUCCAGAAGCCUUCGGACUAUGAUGAGGCCCAGGAUCUGGGGGGGAGGGGGACAGAUAGACAGGCUGAAGUUUUGUGGGAGUUCAGAGAACCGUGGGGUCAAUGCCCCACGCUUGGGCCCAGUUUUUCCCCCUCACUGAGCUGGUUCAGGGACUUUUUCUGGUCAGGAGGGCUUGGAGCCAUUCCAAAGCUCCUGUCUGCCACUAUUCACCCUACCCUUCACCAUGGUUCCUCCCAUUUGGUCUUUCCUCAGGCGAGUGACCAUGUCUAUCAGUGACUGAGAGAGACAGGGCCUUGAUCAGCCGAGGGAGGAGACCGGGGGCUGAAGAACUAUGUUAUUGUUGGCUGUCACUGAGUGGGCCCCUGACUCACGGAGACCCCAUGCACAAUGAAAUGAAAUGCUGCCCAGUCCUGUGCUAACCCUAUAAUUGGUUGCAGAUCAGAUCAUUGUGAUCCAUAGGGUUUUCACUGGGUGAUUUUCAGAAGUAGAUCACCAGGCCUUUCUUCCUGGUCUCUUAUUUGGAAGUGCCACUGAAACCUGUUCAGCAUCACAGCAACUCACAAGACUGUACCGACAGACAGGCGGUGGCUGAGCAUGAGCUGCAUUGGCCAAGAAUCGAACUCUGGUCUCCCAUAUGGAAGGUGAGAAUUCUGCCACUAGUUGUCUUUAAAUCGGUGGUUCUCAAACUUUAGUCUGCUGCACCAGAAUCACCUGAAGCACUAGUUACAACGCAAGAUUGCUGGGCUCCACCUCCAGAAUUUCCCACCUCCAGAAUUUCCGAUGCAGUAGGUUGGGGUGGGGCCUGGGGAUUUGCAUGUCUAACACGCAAGCUCUCACAGGAUCUUGAGGCUGCUGGUCUGGGGACCACACCUUGAGAACCACUACUUUAAUUCACUCCUUCCUCUGCCCCCAUAUCUGAGAGCUGCAAAUCUCUGUUUACAACAGCUGUUUGAAAAGUGUGCCGGGAUAUCUGGAAUUCUUAAAGGUUUAGAAAGUUUGAUUCCAUUCCAGAUGAACAAAUUAAAGGGAAAAAAGGUCUGCUCAUUAGGGGAAGACUACUAUAACUUAAAGCUGACAUCUUAAUAAGCUCAGUGGGCUCAAGAUAAAAAAAAAAAAAAAAAAAACCCAGGGAUAGC